ACCAGUCACUCCCACUCUGUGCAGUUAACCUGUUAACACCAGCUGCUCUAGUCUGUGGAACCUUAGGCUUUUUUUUUCUUUUUCAAGUCGCGUCCGUAACUAAGAUGGAGGAUGUUCCACUGGAAGCGAGAUUGAAGGUGGUGGCGUCCUUGGUGACACUAGCUGGAUCUCUAGUAAUAGCUCUUGGAAUAGCAACUAUAUUACUAGCUGCUUUCAUUUACUGUUGCUAUGAAAGAAUAAAGAGAGGCGAUACAAACACAAUUUUAAGCUGGUUUUUCGAGGAUCAAGACAGGGGCCCAUUGUUGGCCACCAGGGCUGGUCCUCGAGUCAAAGCUUCUAAUAGCGGUGACAUAAACACCUACGGCACCAUCAUGGGGCCUAGCGGUAGUGGUAAUAACAGCAGCAUGGUACUUAAUGGCAUGGGUCCCCAUGGCAGCGUCAUUAGCAACUGCGGGACAGAGCCGAAAGGCAGCGGUCCCAAGAACAGAAAGCCUAUCAACAAUAAUCAUACUAGCUGCAUGGUCCCCUGCAGCAGCAUGGCCUCUUCUAGCAGCAGGUGUUCGUGUGCUCCCAGCAGUAGCAGCGUAGGCUCUAGAAGCCAUGAUUUCAACAGGUACCCACCAUCGCAAAUACCACUCCCCGUCAAAUGUAUCUCGACACACGUUCCUCGCCUUGGUAACGACACCUUCGAUGCCUCCUCCAGGGUCACUUCGAUCCAGCGUGAAGUUAGGUCGAGAACUAACGAAGCUUCGUCGGCGGAGGUUCCCUUUGUGUACAUCCCUCCUCUACCAGAUGGUCUCUCGCAUCUUACAAUGUCGUUUCCCAAGGUGAAGAACUUCGCUGAAGACAGGCCGAAAUCUGUUCCUCCAGGCGUUCCAUUCCCUUCAGAAAACUCCAAGACGACGCCCUUCCAGCGAUGGUUUACGGUCAAGAGAGAGUUAGCCCCUUGCAGGAGCACUGACACCGUCGACGCAAACACUAAGUCAUCUUGGACGGUAAAUUCAGACGCAAAUGCAGCCGGCUUGACGACUCGCACUCCUGCGUUAGGUAUCAAUAUUGAAGACCUCAAAGCCAGGGUAAACACAGUCUGUCAGAUGAUCAUCGCUUCUCAGAGGCUGCAGAAACGCAAGCUAAUAUACGCAGAUCCCAAUGAUAUCAGGAACCACAUUACUCGGUAACAGAAUUAUUUAAUUUCUUAUUUUUUUUUUAUUGAAAGGACGUAGUAGCAAAACAGUUGGGAACGAAAUCGUCAUUGUUAGUGUUUUUAAACUAAUUUACAAAGGGUAUUUUACCGUCCCUCGGAAAAUUUUUAGUUAAGAGGCGGUCUCAGAUUUCUGCUUAAACUUUGUUUAUAAGUAAACUUUUAGUCUUUUAUGUAUACUUUCCAAGUUUAUGUACUUUCAAGUUUUUCAAGACCAAGGCACCACUGCUUAGAUUUUUAGAUUGUUAGCCACGUGUGAUUUUAUUUUUGAGGCGUCAGUACUUUAAUUAAAUUUUUAUAUGUUAUUGCCAUGGCGUUAAAUGACCCCAUGCUGAUUUAGCGUUUAUUUUAAUAUGAUAAUUUUCCACGAGUUAAGAAGUGUAUCAUUGAACUUUAACUAUUAAUAUAUUGGACGAACUACACAAAAAUUGUAAAAUUAAUUUGGCACGAGAGUUCCCCUCGUAGAGGGUUGCCUUGACGCCAAUGGGACACUUUUGAUCCAAGGACUGGACCUGGCAUGGCUUUCCUUGGAUCACUGCCUGUUCCCCUAUACUAUGUAUGAUAGCUUAACGCUCUGUAAGAACAACAAUUAUAACAGUAUCC